CCGUCGUCGUGAAAGUUAGCUUUUCGUUCGCUUUUCAUUCUCUCUCUUGCCUCUCUUGAGAAAAUCGAACGUUUUUUAAAGCGAGUCAACAAAGUCGAACCAGGAGGGACAUCGUUCCGGUUUUUGCAAAUCGUCAGUUUGUACCCCGGUUUCAUAUAGAGUUUCCGUAAGACCCCAGUGCCGGUCAUAUACCCUUCCCCAACGCCUACACACGUAACGCACGCAUACACGUCAACAAUGAGGGAUUACGUCUGGUUGCUACUAGUCGCUUUGGCUAGCGUUCAAGCGCAAUACUAUUACCCACAACCGUCUCCGCCGUUCGAAAUUCCAACACCUGUGGAACCCAGCCCCGCACCGUCUACCCAGGCUCCUACACUUGCACCGACGACUCAGCCUCCCCCACCGCCACCUACAGUCGCUCCGGUUGUCGAAGAAUACACGACGCCUAGUCCUCCCCCACCGACGACGGCGGCCCCAACGACGGUCCCUCCGCCACCGCCGACAACUACCGCGGCUCCAACGACCGUUUACGUUCCUCCACCCCCACCUCCCACGACAGCGGCACCUACACCAGCGCCUACACCAGCACCUACACCGGCCGUAGAGUAUCUGCCACCCCCACCGAGCACUACCCUACCACCUCCACCACCCCCAACAACUACUCUACCCCCUCCACCACCACCAACCACUACCUUACCACCGCCUCCACCACCAACAACUACCCUGCCACCUCCUCCACCACCAACAACUACCCUGCCACCUCCACCUCCACCAACUACCACCUACGCUCCACCACCUCUGGAGUAUCUACCACCAGUGACGUCUCGCCCUGUGCCCGUGCCAACUGAGAACCCUCUGUUCCCCGAUGCCAACGAGAAUCAACAGGUGAGCAUCUUGUUCCCAACAGCCGCACCGACGACAACGACGACCACACCAGCCCCAGUCGUCGUCGUCACGACACCGCGUCCAGCACCUCCACCACCUCCACCAGUGCAACCCGUCCUGACCGAAUCGGAAGAGGAGAUCGCCUUCUGGGACUUCCGCGAAUCUAUUCCCGGCGAACCGGAAUUGGACUACCCAAUUUUCGAUAAGAUUCCGGUCACGGCUUUCACUUGCAACGACAAGAUCGAUGGUUAUUACGCUGAUGUUGAAGCGCGUUGCCAAGUGUUCCACGUUUGCACAGCCAUUCCGGAUGGAACGUCUAUCAAGAAUUCCUUCCUCUGCCCUAACGGAACCAUUUUCAACCAGGAAAAUUUCGCUUGCCAAUGGUGGCCGGAUGUGGAGUGUGCUUCAAGUUCCGAUUUUUUCUCUUUAAAUGAAAACAUUGGCAAAAUCCCUGAACGCGCACCUGGCGAUGAACAGCAAGUUGUGAUCGCUGCCGCUUCUCCCGUUAGCGUUGUUGCUCCAGCUCCGGAGCCAGCCAAGGCCGCUGUGCCCGUUGCGGUAGCUGUACCCCUUCCGGCAGUGAUCCAGCCGGCCGUUCAGGCCCAGGCUAUUGCCGUUUCGCAAUCCGUGGCAGAACCUGUCGUGGCUACUGCCUCUGCCGCUGCUGUCGUCAUCCCCGCUCAACUGGAUGUCGUCGCUGCCAUAGCUGUUCCAGCUCCAUCGGCUGCUGAAAUUGCUUAUGAACCCGCCGCUGCAGCUUCGCCUGAGGUCCAGGCUGUCAACAUUCCCGAGCUUAUCGCUCCAGUCGAGAUCCCGGCACCAGAGGUCAUUUCCAUCCGCGACGAACCGGUUCAAGAGGUGGUUCAAAUCGCUCUGCCCCAGGCUCCUAGCAGCCUCUACGAAGCUCCGGAUGCCAGCUCCUCUGGUGCUCAAUACAAGUACUAAGAAGCGGAUGCAACCGGACAGAACCUUCUCCCCACCUUCAACCAAAAAAGAAAGCAAAAACAAACAAUAAUAACAGUAAAAAUUUUGAAUCGAAAUUGUGAGAUCCAGGUAGGCGCGUUCGUGGUGGAGAAAGCUACCAAACCGAUCAUCAGCUAUGAUGACGAUAUGCAAAAUACUCCCCUCCCCUUCAAAAAAAAAAAAAAACAAACCCCAAAACAGAAUCAGAAAAUCGAAAAGAUCAUAACAUCCGGUAUUUUAUUUUUUUAAAACCUAUUAUACAUACGAAGCUUUCCAUCCAUUUAAGAGCGCUAACAUGUAUAUUUUGUACGGAAAGAGAGCCAUCCUUUGAAAUGGCCUUUCCCCUUCUUCUUCUUUUUUUUUUCUUUCCAUCCUCAUCCACCCUUAUCCCGAAACGCCAGACGCAUGUAACAUAAUACUAUGGCAAAAAAAAAAAAAAAAAAAUAAUAAUCGAAUGCUUUCAACAUCAGCCAACCGUUCGAAAACGUAGGAUUUCGUUUAUCAUUUUUGUUUUGUUUUUCGGCUCCCAACACCUGUCAAGUCAGACACGGACGAUAAACUCGGAACAGAUGGACUAAUUUUUUUUUUCUCUCCCACCAUCUUCCCCAAGAUUCUGACUGAAAAGAAUCCUAUUUUUUUACACCGUCCAGUAGCAUCUUAUUACGACUUUUUUUUUUUUUUCAUUCACGAAGCGAAUACAAUGAGUGUCAAACUAAAAA